AUGAAAAUCAGAUCAGGCAUUCUGCCUCGCUUGAAGCAGUCUCUAGCUUGGGAACAAUACGAGUGGCAGGGUAGGGCCCCCAAACCAUGGCUGCCACCCGAUAGGAAGAAGAGUUUCGAGGUGUUGAACCUCAGCAAAAGGGUUCUGGGCGAGGAGGUGAUAGGGUUACUGGGUAGGGGUAUGAAAUUCAUCUUCUCCUACACCCACACCACGUAUUUUGAUUAUAAUAAUUUUAUGAAGAAUAUCAUUAAUAGAGAAAUAAAAAUGAAACAUAUCAAACCUGAGGAUGCUAGCAGGAAAUACAAUUUUGGAUGGAACGGGAUGAAUGAGGAAUUGACUGAGAGGACGAAUGAUGUUUUGGGUGUCGGGCUGAAUAAUAUUUAUGUUGAGGGAAGGGAGAGGGAGAUGAUCAUCCCCAUCCCCUUCUCUAAUGGGCUGAACACUCUCAAGAGUAAAUUAAUUGAAUUUUUUAAAACGAAUAGAAAGAAUACGAACGUGGUGGGGUACAUGCGGCUAGGGAAUGAGGCCGGUUUAGUGAUAGUAUGGGGUUUGAGUAACAUUUUGACUGUUUAUAUUUGUUGUAUCUUGACUGAAUUCCGAUAUAUUGUGGACAUAUUAACUUUUCUUAUACCUUCGAUAUUUGUAAGAUAG